AUGAAGAUACAGUGUGAAGUGUGUGAAAAAGCUGAAGCAGAAGUAUUUUGCUGUUCAGAUGAAGCUGCUCUUUGCAAGCCAUGUGACGUUACGGUUCAUGAUGCUAAUAAACUUUUCCAGAGACAUCACCGAGUUCCUCUACAGAAAACUGCAUCCACCACAUCAUCUGCAGCUCCUCUAUGUGAUAUAUGCAAGGAGAGAAAAGGUUACUUUUUCUGCUUAGAUGACAGAGCACUGCUCUGUAAUGACUGUGAUGGAGCCAUUCACAUUUGCAAUUCCCACCAAAGAUUCCUACUUUCUGGAGUCCAAGCUUCUGAUCAGUCUUUGACUGAAAGCUCCGGAUGCAGCACUAAUCUUAGCUCCGAAACUUACCAGAUUUAG